CAGCCGUCGAGUGAGGCAUUUGCCGAAAACAAGAAAAUGCUGAAUAAUCUGUUAGACCCCUCCCGUGGCUUGGUGCGCAGUAGUUUCUCCCACGACAAGGUCGAACAACCGGUGUUGGAUUCCGGUCUAGUCCUCCACGGACAGCAGAGGGCAUUGCAGGCCUUGCGAGCUUUGGAGAGUUCACGUGACGCGCGUAGACAACACGCCGUUUCAGUGCCGACCUGGACGGGGAAGAGUGGGCAAGCGGGAUCUAGCAAUCAUGGCAGUUUUGACAGCGUUUUGGGAGGUGGGUCGUCUUCGUCAGUAAGUGGACUACAUGCAGGAGCAUCGUUUUCGUCACUGUCAUCUGCAACGGGUCUUGCCUCAGGCAGCUUUGACAAUGGAGGACCAAGUGGUGCGUCAACAAAGAGUGAGAAUGCAGCUUUGCAAAGACUGCGGAUCGAGCGCGCGGCUAGACAGGAGAAGCAGCAGAAAUUUGACGAGGUGAAUAGGACAGUUGACACUGGUCGGGUCACCAAUGCCCUAGAACAGUAUCAGCAGUUGAAGGCUCUACGUGAGUUUGAAGGAGGCGGUGAGAUGAGUCAAAUGCAGGCGAGUAAGCGCAGAAUGCGACCAAAGGAGAACAAGAUUGAACAGUUCAAACGCGAACAUGCUGAAAUACAACAAGAACGACAACAGGCACAAUCUAGCUCGAGCAGUGCUGUGGCUACCAUGUCUUACGGAGGCGGUGUCCAUACUGCAGAUGUCAGCUUGGCAAGAAACGUCCUCGCAUUCUUCCUCAAUGACAGGGUCUGUCCGCACAGGUCAGCAAGUACCAGUCAAGUCCUGGAUCACUUUGACGGUCAGGUGGCGGCCCACCACAAAGCGCUGUUUAAAGACGUCCUACAGGCCUUGUGCACCUUGGACAAACCGGCCAACAAAAUGUUACCAGCAGUGUGGACCUUGAAGGACGAAUACAAGAAUGAUAAUCUUGCACUGUUGAGAUGAUGAUGAAGUUAAUCUUCCUCUUCAAGUAACCCUUUGUUGCUCCUGCUCACAAUGUCUAUGCCUCCUCCGCUCUGAGGUUUUUUGGCUCCGAUGUAUCUUUUUUCCCACUUUUUCCAAUUCCAACUAGUACUUCAAAUUUAAUGGACGACAACAGAAUAUGA